AUGGAGGACAAUAUGGUUUUUGACAAAUUAAAUCACACAGGGAUAUCAGAAUUCAUCAUUGUUGGAUUUCCAGGCAAUAAGAAUGUACAGGUUUUGUACUUCAUCACAUUUCUCUUCAUCUAUUUACUUAGUCUUUCAGGGAACAUCACGCUGCUAUGCGCACUUAAGGCAGAGUCCAGCCUUCAUACACCUAUGUACUUCUUCCUAAGCAAUCUUGCUGUCCUGGAGAUUGGAUACACCACAGUCACUCUUCCUAAACUCCUGGCAAUCUCUUUAGCAAGAGCAAGGACUAUCUCUCUUACAGCUUGCCUAGUGCAGACAUACUUCUUUUUCUUUCUGGGUUCCACAGAAUGCUUCCUGCUUGCUGUCAUGGCUUAUGACCGUUAUCUGGCCAUCUGCAACCCUCUGCGAUACUCAGUACUCAUGUGCAACAGAAUGUGUGUAUUCUUAGUUUUGGGUUCCUGGAUAACUGGUUUCCUAAAUCCUUGGCCAGGUAUCAUGCUGUUUAGCAGGCUGUAUUUCUGUGGCAACAUCAUCAACCACUUCUUCUGUGAUGUUCCACCACUGCUCAGCCUUUCAUGCAGCAAUACAGAUGUUCUAAGAACUACCAUCUUCAUCAGCUCAAUUUUCAUAGUGUUAGGCACUGUCCUGCUAACCAUGCUUUCUUAUGCUUGCAUCCUGGCCACCCUCCUAAGGAUGUCCUCAGCCAAGGGUCGGCAGAAAGCAUUCUCCACCUGCUCUUCCCACCUGACCGUUGUCUCACUCUAUUAUGGAACAGUGAUCUUCACAUAUGUCAAUCCUGCCGCCAAGCAGUCCAUGCAGAUAAAUAAGAUGGUAUCUUUUAUCUACAGUGUAGUGACUCCCAUGCUCAAUCCCAUCAUCUACAGCUUGAGAAAUGAAGAUGUCAAAAAGGCUGUGAAAAGAAUGAUGAUAAGGAAAUUCUGUCCUGAAAGGUACACUUCUUAA